AUGUCUAAAAGAGAAGGUGAUUUAUGUUAUGAAACAUUUUCAUUUGACAAAGGCUUCAAUAAAAGUGUGCCAACACUAUAUAUUGUCAAAUAAAGAAUAAUACAACAAGUCAAUUUUUUAAAACUUAAGAUUCUCCACUCUGAAACAUUUUUUGUAUCAAAAAAUAAUUAGGUUAUGUUGAUUUCCUUUUUUUGUGGUUAUGAUCGGGUUCAUGCAACUCGAAUAUAUUGGUCUGAUUAAAAUUAAGAAGUGGGAUAUGAAGAAUUGAUAGAAUAUCAUCAGAAAAAAACAGGAAUUGAGUACAUAUACUCAUAAGAAUAUGAUGUUUCGAAGUUCAAUUUCGAACAUGAGUUUUUAGAAAUUCAAAAAAUUGCAAGACAGAUAGCAUCAGUUCCUUACACCAAAACUUUGAGUAAUUGUAAUCAUUCAACAAAGGAAUUAAUAAAAAAAUUAUAACCUGACUUGAAAAUGGAAUAAAAUUGUAAAUAUUAUAUAAAUUUAAUUUUAGUUAAAUAAUAUGCCAGCUUUGAAUGUCCAAUUUUUUGA